UUCAAUAUGUAGGAGUCAGUGGGGGUUUUCUUUGUAUGGGUCAAUGUAAUUGAGGAAGCAGUGGGGAUUUGAUUCUCUGUUUAUAAAACGCGGGAAAUAAGGCAGCUCAGCUCUAGUAAAGGUGGGUCUUACCUUGGUUUAGUUUAAUUAGGUUAACCCCUCCCCUCUUUGAGUUGAAUAUGGACUUUUUCAAGUAAGGGCAAGUAAGUACCAGCUAAUGCUUUCACUUACAGGCAGUUUAGGAGAAAGGUUAGCGGCAGAAGGCACUACGAUAGUAGUGACCAUAGGCGGUAGGACAGCGACGAAACCGAUAGUACUGAGAGUCGAGUUAAGAAGUUCAGAUUUCAUAAGCAAAGAGAGAAGGAUCAACCCUCCAACUAGCCAUCCUUCCCAUUCCGCAAGAAAAGAGAAAGGAGAAAGAGUCAAGCUAAAGAUCUCAGUCUAGUAAAGCUAAAACUUACCUCUACGCAAAGGUUGCUUACUACGGGGUCUCCUUGUGGGCAGAAGAAGCAGUUUCAUCUCAAUCCGUUCGAGUCAGGGCAGGGGAAGCUGUGAGCUAGUCAAGUAAAGGAGCAGCUGUGAGCGCAUAGAAACCGCUUGGAGAAGGACUUAUACUCUUGGAGAACGACUUAGAAUCGGUACCGUCGAGGUCCCAUCCAUGUUCAAAGAACAGAUGCAGCUAACCAACGGGCAAGCAAACCUGUAGCAAAACGCUUUCACGCAGGGGUAGAAGUAGAAGACCUUACAGGAAGCCCCAGGGAUAUUUAAGAGGUAAGUUUACUUGUCGUUGUGAGCUGUAGGUUAGUUGGCAACUUUAGUAGUUCAGCUCCGUCUCAUUGAAAAUAAGGAAAGGCCGGGCGGGUAGCUUCAGGAGAAAGAGAGCAGAGCGGUGAAACAACGUAGUUGGGUUCCGUCGUUCAGUCGAAGGUGAAGAGAAUACAGAAAAAUUCGAGAUGAAGCAUGAACAAGUAAACUUCCCCUCGUUCAGUGCCUUAGGUCAAAGAAAUGCUUUAGGGAAAGCUGAAGCGAAGGAGAAGGGGCGUAGCGGAAUUCUAGUUCAAAUAGAACUAUAGCAGCUCACGAACCAGUCAAGAACUCACCCUCACCACUCAAUUUGGAAGAAAAGGAGAAGCUGUGAGCACAGAAUCAUGUAAUCCGAUGUGAGGAAAAGGAUUUGUUUAUGGGCUUGAUAGCUUCAGGAGAAAGUGAUUUUCUGCCGAGUGUUAGGCCAGUAGAAAGCUGUUUCAAGCGGUUCUGUCGUUAGAAGUGGGGAAGAUCAAUUGAGCUAGUCAACCUCCUCUACUCAAAGCGGGACUCCCUCUUAGGCAUCAUCCGCUUUCAAGCUGAAGGAAGAAAGCCGGUGUUCAUACGAUAGUUGCUCACUGUAGCUGUAGGGGCGGGGCAACGAAGCUUCUAGUUGAGUGAAGAAGUGAAGUAGGGGGCUUCUCUUCUAUUGAAUCCAAUCUCCGGCCUGUGAGAAAGUGAUAAUAGAAGGAGAAGUUGUGAGAAAGGAAACUGAUUUUAGAACGUAAGUUGUGAGAAGAAAGUCAAGAUAGUACGAUAGAUAGUAGUGAGAAGGUUAAGCUCAAAGAAAGUCUUAGUAGUAAGCUGUAGCCAGGUAGUUAGCAGCUUCAGGCAGCUGAAGGAGAAACUUCUAUCUCUAUCUCUUGUUUGGGUUGAGCCAGAGAAGUAAUGAAUUCGAUUGACUUUAAAGAGUGUAUCUACCGUCCUUUAUAACGUAAAUAGGAUAGUCGUUCGAUAAGUGAAAUCCUUUACAUUUCAAUAGUGAGUCUGGCCACAAUAAACUCUUUAUCUUCCGAGUAUAGCUUGCAGAGGCGCCGUCAGAGUUCAACUUGAUGGAAUUUGCUGGCUUCGGCUGUAGGACUAUCUGAUAUGCAGUUUUGACUUUAAUAGGAAGGAGAUAAGCAUUCCGAUGUGGUGGUGCAAAGGGGUUGGAGUCGUUAUAGAGGCUGGUUCUGAUAAAUGACUUUUUUUCAUAUAUAAUAGGGUUAAUUUCUUUCUCAAGAGAAUAGGGACGGGUCUAGUAGCGGGCAAAGCAGAGAUGGCUCGAAAGAGGUCUGGUUACAGGUUUUUCAGGAAAGCUGGCAUGACUGUCUGACUGUCGGAAAGCAUAAGCGGUAAAAGGCAAAAGCAGUAGCAGUGAACAUGACUGUCUUUUUCAUAUCAGGUAAUUCCAUUACGUUAAGCAAGAAGGAGCAAUCAGUCUCAUAUGCGGGAUAGGCUAGCGCAUAUCAAGCAUCUGUAGCAGGCAGAAUGGGUCUUCGGGCUGGCAUUUCAAGCUGCCUUAUUUUCAUCCGGGGCUUGGCUGGUCCAAAACAAAAUAGCCCGGUUAUGCUUUGAUGAACCCCUAUUUAGAAAAAAUAGUUGGAUCCUUUGAUGGUAGUUAAAUGCUACCGCCUGGGUGGGAUAACCUCGGGGAAAGCAGCUGAUCAUUGACUUUCAUUCUCUUAUUUCCAUGCCCCUCGCAUCCAGAGGAAUUGAACCUUAGAAGGGUCCUCUCUAGGCACCGAUCGAUAUCCGAGAUUCGAUGAAAGUAUGGAAGGCAGUAGCUUUCCCAAAAGUUCAAUCUUAAGGUCGGUACCUAUAAGGAGUGAGAGGCUUCAAGCAGAUGAGAAAAGUAGACCCUAGCCGCCCUUCCUUAACAAGAUGGCUCGGAGCAAAGUCUUACGUUAUAUACUAUAAGCGCAGAAGGAGAGUAAACACACAAUGAAAUAGGUGGAGAGUCACAUUUCUUAAUAAUGCCCAAAAGCCCCGGACUAAGGCGUGACCAUAGGAUCUCACAGUGUCGGAAUGAGUUGAGGACGAGAUGCGGUGUCCAGUCGUAUUGGUAGGGAUCGCUAUGCCACCUGUCUUUUUUAUCUUAGGCGUACUGCUUAGCAAAGCAAACGGUAGGUCAUAGACUGGAGCAGACAGACCCAGCUACAUCGUGAGAACUCUCUUCAACCGGAUCAACAAAUGCGAGAUCAGCUCACUUCCCCACUGACUCAAUCAAUCUACGGAAAGUAAAUCCUAAACUUAACUUCGGAGUGGCAAGCAGCAGACACAAAUAGGCUCAGUUCUUCGAGUUCAGUUGAAAAGUGGGAAGUCUUUGAGAAGAAAGUUAAGUAGUGAGCUGAACUAGAUAGAUAGUAGUGAAUCGUCAACCAUUCCCUCCCCGAAUCCCUUCUUUCAAUGGAUCUUUUCCUGUGCUUAGGUUAGCUCUCUACUUCCAUCUCUGUUUGCCUGUCCUCCUCGUUUAUUUGUCUCCAUAGGUUGUGAUCGUCUUAACGCCAAAUAUCUCUUCAGGAAUAAGCCCAGUUUAAGCCCCCUCAUAGAGGUGUAGUGUGUAUUAGUGGUCGCCUCGACGCCUCUUUCUUUAGGAAGAAGCCCGGUUAAAGCCCUUAUCAUAGAUUACCAGUAGUCCCUUAAAAUGUGGUAAACUUAUUUUCUAGAUGCACCUCGCCCAACCUCCUUGUGAGUCUUUCUUCUCCCAAAAAUGUUCUGAGCUCAAGUGCUAAUGUGGUCUGAGGGAAAGGAUUUAUUCUUGUCUGCUUAGCUUAUUCUUUGGUCUACCACAUUUCCGGUCAAUGCUGCGAGUGCCCUCAUUUUUAAUUACGGAUCCUUUCCGGCCCUCUUUCGCUUCGAGCUUUUGACUGUUAAAAGAGAUCCGGCCCCUCUUGUUAUAUCUUUCGCAAUUGCUGCUCGCUCUGGGGAUCUACCUCGAAUUCGAUAGAUUGAUAUCCUGCCAUAAGUAAUUGCUUAUGGAGAAGAGAAUUUUUUCUUUGUAGCUGGUCCUUCCAUCCAUCCACGAAAUCUUUAUUCACGAGAUCUGAUCAGAUCUUCGAUUGAUGAUUUUAUGAAAGUAGGUUCGAAUGAAUUCCGUUCUUUCUCUAUGUGAUUUGGGUCUUUCUUGGUCACUAGCUCUGGUCUCUGGGUUUAAAACGUGAAGAAUUGCCAUUUUAUGAGCUUUACAGGCCCGUUGAAGUCCCCGAAAAAAGGGGAAAAAGUAAAGUCUAAGCGCAUAUGGCACGAAAAGGAAAUCCGAUUUCACAUUUCAUAUUCACUCUUUUUGAUUCUCUAAUUUUUUAGUAAAAAAAAAGAAAAUAAGAUAUCUGAUUCUAUCUGAAUCAGACGAGCCGCCUCUAGCAUUUUCAUUUCGCGAUUCAGAUUCAGAGCGCGAAUCUGUACAUUCCUAAGAAUCUGAAGAGGAGAUCUCUCUCGAUCUCGAAUUGAGACUCGCCCCCCCCUGGAGGAGGCUUGGGGGAACCUGUCCCCCGAUCUCUUGCGGAAAACGAGGCGGCUCAUCCCGCUCAACCGCUUACCGCUCGAGAGCGCGAGAGUGCUUCUUGCUCUAAUUCUCAGGCGGCGGGCCCGUCUGCAGCGGUAUUACACCAACUACCACUUCUGGUUCCGGACCCGGACCCAGAAAAAUUCUCGCAAACCGGAUUUGGCUCUACAAAGAGCAUGCGUCAAAAGAUGCAAACGAAAUUCUUCAAAUAGCGGAGAAAACCAUUUCUCUAAAAAAAAAAAGAUAGCAAGUUCUAUGCACAAGUUUUCUCAGUGCUUUCUAAUUCACAAAGAAGUCUGUCUUUUCUUGAGUUGCAUAUUUCUGCAACAGGAUAAAGGAAACCGAUUGAUAAACUUGCAUGGAGCUGGCUAUUCACUCACUUUUUUCUGCUAAUGUGCAGCGGCGAAGCGCCGGGUUGUUGGUAAGGAGCGUGAGCGGGCGGGGGGCUCACACAAGUAAGUGAAGGACCCCCGUAGGGCCUUUCUGAAGUGUGGCCCACACACGGCCAGGGGGGAAAGAAAAGGGGGGGAUAAGGGGAGCCUUAGCCCACUUAGAAUCGAAUUAUAAACCGGCGUGGCGCUGCUGGAUGCUUCUGAUCAAUAGAACAGGAAGAGGAGUCAGCCAAAAAGAAAGACCACCAAAAGUUACGACCACCAAGAUACGCAUAGUGAUUCGAUCUUUUGAUCACCCAUUUUUUGAAAACCAUUUUUGGGGGCUUCCGCCUUACACACGGAAGAUUGGAUUGCCUGAAUCACGAGUCUUAUAUACUGUGUUACGAUCACCUCAUAUUGAUAAAAAGUCCAGAGAACAAUUUGAAAUGGAAAUCAAGAAACAAUUUCUGGUCAUAAAAACAGAAACGCAUGAAUUGCGCAAGAAGUUCUUUCGGUUAAAACGCCGUGCGACUCGGAGGACAUAAGACUUCUUGGUCAAGCCAAAAAGAUUGCCGACAGGAUGCUCCUACCCCACCAUGCCUGGCCCUUUACCUUACCUUAAGAAGAAAGAGGGGGGUAUGAAGCGUGGGAAACAUUGCAAGAAGUGUAUGAUACAACAGGUAACCUUAAGGAGUGGCGGCAAAACUCUUGAUUGAUCAACGCGAGUGAACUGUGCUUAGACGCUUCGUAAAACCGCACCGAUCUACGAGAGGAGCUGAUGGAUGAGUAGGCUUCCCCUUUCGAUUCACGGAAUGUGAUCUGGGACACGAUGGGAGUUUGCGUGCCUCGGUAGGAAAGAGAUCACCGGAGUAUAGCACAAGAUCACCUUUUCUUGCUGCCAUGGGGUCGACCUGUGAACAAGGUAAACCCAAUGGGAACCAAAAAACGGGAGGGUACCGCAUUGGGCAGAAGACGAUCCAAAAAGCGAAGGCUCACCCAGCUGAAGGAAGGAGCUUUGGCUUAACGCCCUUAUUAUUAUUCAAAGGGGAAAGGGUGGUCUACGAUCAGGCUGAUCUUUGAUCAGAAGUGCUCGUAGAUCAGGCUGAUUGUAAAUCAGGGUGCUCCCCUACAAUCUUAGGCUUAAGCAAGCAGGCUGAUUGUAAAUCCGCUUUUUCUCCGAGAGGGCUAUCUUACUAAAAAGUUGAAAGGGCGUGAGAUAGGCGACAGGUAGCUUGCUUCCAAGCCGAUAGGAUAGGCGGCGGCCCGGGCGUAGAAGCGAGUCGCCAGAAGCUUUCGGUAGCUUGCUUCCAAGCCGGCCCGGCCGCGGGGAAUCAAGAGAUCUUUGCCGGUGCUGACUUGGAUCUCGGGUGACGGAAUAAGGCGGCCAGAAGCGACGAGCAGUCGCGGUCGAAGCUUGGCUCUAGCUUUAGAUUAGUAAGGCUAGCAGUAAGCUUGGCUACAGCGAAGCGCUUACCAAGCGCGAAGGAAAGGGCCUUCGCCACUUGAGCCGUAUGCGGGGGAACUCGCACGUGCGGUUCUUAGGGGGGGAGAGCUAGUAGGAGCCAUCCUAUCCCAAUAGCGUAUAUUUGGAGCUCAAUAUGAAAUCCUAUUUUAUUGCAAGACCCGUUCGGAUAAGGGAAAACUCCAGAGAUUGCUUCGAAGUAAGAUCCUUGCGUUGACCCUUUCCUGAACCAGAACCGGGGGGGGUGAUAGGAAAGGGGGAUCAAAAUGUCCCAUAUUUUAAGUGAGGGCUUUCCGGACCUUCGGAACCUCCCUUUUUUUCCAUGCUUUCCGUUGGUCAACAACCACAACUCACUAUAGUUCUUCACUACUCGUACAGGCUUGACGGAGUUAAGCUGUCUGGAGGGAAUCAUUUUUUCUCAAUCAAGAAUGCCUCAACUGGAUAAAUUCACUUAUUUCACACAAUUCUUCUGGUCAUGCCUUUUCCUCUUUACUUUCUAUAUUCCCAUAUGCAAUGAUGGAGAUGGAGUACUUGGGAUCAGCAGAAUUCUAAAACUACGGAACCAACUGGUUUCACACCGGGGGAACAACAUCCGGAGCAACGACCCCAACAGUUUGGAAGAUAUCUUGAGAAAAGGUUUUAGCACCGGUGUAUCCUAUAUGUACUCUAGUUUAUUCGAAGUAUCCCAAUGGUGUAACGCCGUCGACUUAUUGGGAAAAAGGAGUCAAAUAACUUUGAUCUCUUGUUUCGGAGAAAUAAGUGGCUCACGAGGAAUGGAAAGAAACAUAUUCUAUUUGAUCUCGAAGUCCUCAUAUAGCACUUCUUCCAAUCCUGGAUGGGGGAUCACUUGUAGGAAUGACAUAAUGCUAAUCCAUGUUCCACACGGCCAAGGAAGCAUCGUUUUUUAAUCUCAUUAUGACCGGAAGAAAUUCUUUCUCGAUCAGAAAAGUGGAAUGGAAGGCACUACAAGCAAGAAAGAUAUACUCCUUUUCAAAUCGCCCCGCGAAGACGGACGUUCAGAAAGGUUCUCGAGAUUCUCAAUCGCUCUAGUGGGGAGGAAUAGUGCGUGAAGGGAGCGAGACCAAGCCGAGCCACUAGGAGAGUAAGCCCUUCCCACGUGUCAAGUUGAAUAAAUGAAUGCAGCCUCAACCAGAGAGAUCAAC